UCCAACCUGUUCCACAGAUCGUCAGCCUCCCGUGAUUCAAGGGGAUAAGUAAGGGCUUGAUAGUCGCAAGGGUCCCAAAGAUUCCAGCGUUCGUACAAGAUUUGUGGUUCCAGGACUCGGAUGUUUGUUGUGUCGUGGCGAUUGGGACUAUCCCUUGCAAUAUUUCUGCUCAGCAGUUGCUUGGUCUUCUUCUCUUCCUCCCUACACUUUGAUCUUUUUGGUUGUGUGUUUCUCGGAGUUAUGGGGCUUUCGUAUUCUCUAUGCUUUAUGACCUUAGUUUCAAUCCUAAUUCGUUACCAAGUCCAAUUUCUUAGCCACACAAUUGAAGCAGGCCAUGCAAUGACAGACCUAGAUAUCUUGUUCUCGCUGACAGCGGCAUUUGACAAAAGACACCCUCUGUUCAAGGAUAUGUAUCAUGCCGGAGGCGAUCAAUCCCAAAACGGUGUUGUCUCUUUUUCGUUGCAACCUUCUCCUGCAAGCCAUGCAUGUGCUUGGAGUUUAUUUCAAUAUUAGACGCAGCCAAAAACGCCAAGAAAUUCAUGGUAAACCUGACUUCAGCUUCUGCAGUUUGCGUCACCUUCUCGUCCGGAGAUAAUGACUGCAAGUUGAACU